GUGUCCGACGUAACUGUGAAAUUUUCGCUUUUUCACAUCGAAAACAUCGUUUUUUUGUGUUUUCCCAAACAUUUUCGUCUUGCCCGAAACUAAUUUCAAACGUCAAACAAUCGAGUUCGCUUUUGUUUUGCUAGCCCAAUUAGCAAUUGUCUUCCAACGAAAGUGUGACUUUGGUUUCUCUCUUCCCGCCACCUGCAUCGGACACCAUUUUUUUUUCUCUCCUCCUCGACCCGCGUGGAUUUCAGUUACACCUGUGCUUCUUUUCCCAAAAACGAAUACAUUCUAUGGUUUAUGCCUAUGUGUGAGUGUCUGUGUAAUAGAGAGUUUGGUGGUGUUCCUGGGUGUCAGCCCAGGGCCUGCGUCGAUCAUCAAUCGCAGCCCAAAAAAGAGAGAAAGAGAGAGAGAAAAAGCAGAUAUACUCUAUACUGAUUAGCAUACGAUUUGACUGUUAAAAACGUUUUCAGACCUCCCAGGAGAGAAAUAACUAUACGAGAAAAAAAAACGGAUUGAUGUUUGUUUCUUUCUGACUUUGACGAGCCAUCGAUGUGUGUUGUGCCCUGCCCGUGUGUCUCGUGAAUGACUCUGACCAACAGAGUCUGUGAUUGGCUACCAUCAUCCCGUGAAACUGGAUUAAAACUGUGAGCCGGAUUAUCCUUUUUUUUUCUUCCUCAUACUGCCGUACACUCAGUUUGUGUGUGCUGCAAUCGAGUGGAACUCAAACUUUUCUCUUUCUCCCCUCAUCUGCACGUGAUCAGUUCAAUCAUCAUGGAUUGGAAGUCGACGAAAAUGCUCCACCUGUCGUUCUGCCUGCUGUUGAUCACCUUGUUAUCCACAUCAUGCGACGGACAGCAACAGCAGCAGUACUUUGCCGAACGGCCGCAAAACACCAGCGUCCGCGAGGGCCAGAUGGCCGUACUCCGUUGCCGGGUUGGUAACCAACAAGGCCGAGCUCAAUGGACCAAAGACGGAUUCGCUCUCGGUUUCGAACGGACCAUUCCGUCUUUUCCGCGCUACACCAUCAUGGGCAGCGAAGAGCAAGGCGAGCAUCACAUCCGCAUCGAGAACGCUACGCUGGACGACGACGCCGAGUACCAAUGCCAGGUGGGCCCGCGGGGAAACUCCAAGCCCAUCCGGGCCGACGCUCAGCUCACCGUUCUCAUUCCGCCUUCCAGCGUGGAAAUCGUCGACUAUGUGGCCGGAUCACGGAUCAUGUCUAGGGAAGGGGAGGAAUUGUUGCUGCAGUGCUUGGUCCGCAACGCCAAACCGGCCGCCGAGAUCGUCUGGUUCAAACGCAACGUGGAAAUCAAAUCCGAUCGGAUAGAGAACACGACCACCGAUGCUGACGUACCGCGCCGGUUCGAUACUCGAUCCAAGUUAACUAUCCGAGCCCAGCCGGACGACAACGAAGCCGACUACACAUGUGAGGCCCGCCAUCCGGCUCUGAUUGCUCCCAAACGGGCCACCGUCGCUCUCAACAUUCUAUAUCCGCCAGGGCCGCCGGAGAUUAUCGGUUACACGGAAGGCGAAACGGUUCGCAUGGGCCAAGAAGUGAAACUGGAGUGCAUUUCGCGCGGCGGCAACCCACUAGCGCAAAUUGUCUGGUACAAGAAUGAAGUCAAGAUUGAUCACGCGUACGAAACGACAGGUCGUGAAUCGCGGAACGUUCACAUCUUUCGUGCCGAGGCGAGCGAUAAUAACGCGCGGUUCCGCUGCGAGGCCAGCAACGCGCUCACCGCCACGCCCAUGAAAGCCGAGAUCACGCUCACCGUUCACUUCGGCCCGAAAACGGUAACAGUCACAGGUCCGAGCGAAGCGAAAGUGAACGAUACGGUGUCGCUUGAAUGCACGACGACCAACAGUAAUCCGGUGGCUCGGAUCACGUGGGUGGUCGACGGGCGGGAAGUGCGCGAAAACGGGUCACGGAUUGCCACGUCGCCCGACGGCGGCUGGGUGUCCUCCUCCAAUUUGACGACCACUAUUCGCGCCACGGGCCGUAACGUGACUGUGUCGUGCCACGCCAUUGUGGCCGAUCUUGCCCAGCGUGUCGCAGAAACGAAAAUCAUCAGCGUCGUCUAUCCACCGGAAGCGCCUAGCAUCUCGGGAAUGCGCGAUCGGACCAUUCGUGACAAUUCGUUCUACCAAAUGAACUGUAUGUCGAUGGGUGGCAAUCCUCCCGCCACGCUCAAAUGGUUUUUGUCGGGUAGCCGUAAAGAGAUCAAAGCCAACUACACAAGUCACGGCAGUGUGGCACAAUCGCUGCUGGAAAUGCAGGCCAAACGGGAAGACAACGGCAAGGAACUGCGUUGCGAGGCCACCAAUCCGGCCCUUGAGGGAAAUUUGGUUGAUUCCACAACUAUCAGGAUCGAGUUUGCUCCGAAACAAUUGACGGUGAAAGUUCGGCCGGAGAAACUUCGACCCGGUCAAAUGGUGACCAUUACAUGCGAAUCGGAUAGCAGCAAUCCAGUUUCGCGAUUGACGUGGCUUCGGGGCAACGGCCAAGUUAUCCAACCAGCUGGAAAUAGCACGGUGCCUGGCGCCUACUCCGGCAUCGUUAGUAAAUCGACACUGCAGAUGGAAGUCACACCUGAAUUGCACGGUGUAGUCAUCACGUGUCAGGCCACUAACGGCAUCGGCCCUCAAAUCCACGACGCAAUCACAUUGGAAGUUUUAUACAAACCGCAUUUCCCGCAACCGGCCGAUUACAGCGUGGAUGUCAUCGAAGGCGAGCCGGCCAUAGUGAACCUGACGGCCAAAGCCAACCCUUCUGAAAUAACCUACAAAUGGUUCCGCGAUGGCACCGCGAUCAAACAGUUGAAAGAGGCCAGCGCCUACGACCGGAUGACUUUUGAUGGAGCUUUCCUCAACCUGACGGUCGUCAGGAGAGACGACAAGGGCGACUAUAAAUGCGAGGCCACCAACGCUGAAGGAUCUCGCAGCCACACCGUCCGACUCAACGUCCAAUAUCCCGCUUCCAUCGUCCAAGUUCGACCUACUGUCAUGAUUAACGAGGGUAGCGACGCUGAAUUUGAAUGCCGAGCGGCAGGCAAUCCGCUGACGACCACAACAGUUUUUUGGCGCCGAGCCGGUUUCGAUAUGGACGGACGUACUUCACAAACACCGGGCGUCGGUGUGGCAUACCUGCUUGUCCGAGAGAUUACUCGCAACGACACUGGAGCAUUCGAAUGUGUAGCCAACAACGGCAUUGGUCAAGAAUCGAUCGAACAGACGUGGCUAGUAGUCAAAUAUAAGCCGGUGAUGGACGACUCGCCUCAGUUGAUGAAGGCUGCCGGAGAUGAGGGCCAGCUGGCCAAGUUGGUGUGCAGAGCUCAAGGAGCGCCCAACAUCAGUUUCGGAUGGUCACGAGAGGGGACGCCUUUGACUCCCAGCGACAAGUACUCGUUCAGUACCCGUCAGGUCGACAUCGUGACUUGGGAAUCGACGAUGGAAGUCGGCAGUGUCCGCUCACGCGAUUACGGCCUCUACGAUUGUGUCGCCCGCAACGAGAUGGGCAUCAACACUGCCAAGGUGGUCCUGUCCGGAACCAGUCGUCCCGACCCACCCUUGGCGCUUCACGUUGUCAACGUCUCGCACGACUCUGUCUAUUUGGCGUGGCGUUCCGGCUUUGACGGAGGGCUAUUUCAAUCGUACCGCUUACGAUACCGCCAGAUCGGAAACGAAUUUUAUAAAUACGCCGAUGUCUAUCCGACCAAUAUGACCGCCUUCACGCUGGGCGGACUGGCGCUGGGCACCGAGUAUCUCUUCGGCAUAAUGGCAUUCAACAACCUAGGCGAGAGCAACUUCACGCAGGAUAUCGUCAAGGCCAGAACAUCGAGCGAAGCUCCGCCUACGGGUCAGAAACCGCGAGACCUGGAGGUCCGUCCGGGCGACAUGCCCAAAGUCUUGAUCAUAGUCAUCACCAUAGUUGGUACGGCUCUGCUGGUCCUCAACGUGGCCCUCAUCGCCUGUUUUGUUCGGCGGAGGCAUCGAAAGCGUCUCGCUAAAGCCAUGUCCAGCGAAGGCGGCAGCAGCAAAUCGGCCACCAUCGAAAUGUACGCACCGAGCAGCUACAACGAAACGGUCAACGGCGAGACCCUCAGCUCCAUCUCGGAGAAGAGCGAGUCGUACAGCCAAAACGGAAGUCACAGCGACUAUGCCCCUGAAGAUGCUACCAAAGUGGCCGUCAGCACUUAUCUGAUUGAUCAAGCCGAUGGCCAAGUGGCUUAUGGAUCGUACAGAGUGGCAGCCAAUAAUUCAGCUCAGGCCGUCACUGGACACGGAACUUUAUCACGCCCUCCCAAGUCGGUCAACUUCGACAUGGGCGAGGACAACUACAUCGACACUCUUCGUCGCAACGCCUACAGUCAAGGCAAUGAAGCUAUGUAUGGUAAAUCUCGGAUGGUGUCGCCCAUUUCGCCUCAUUCAGAUGCGUACUAUGGUGUCAAUGCCAAUUCACCAGUCAACUACCCUCCGGCGCCGCAUCCUUCCUUCCACACGACUGGCACGAAUCAUCGCUACAAUCCUUUGAGCGAACCAACUGGCAAUCAUGGCGCACACAGCCCCUACACGCCGAUGGGCACGCUAAAUAUUCCGGCUGCCAACGGUGUCUACGGUCCGUCUCCAUCGUCUUCGGGACGAGCGUCCGCUCUACCCGUUAACCUGCCUCUACCGCUGCCCAUGUCUAUGCAAGGGCAUAGCCAAUUUUCCUCGUUUAAUCCAUCGGAAGGUCCCUCACCAAUCAUGGAGGCUACGGCUCAAUUCUCCGGUCCGUCUCUCGCCACGGUGCGGUCACUCGAAACCGAGGGCCAUCUUGUCUAAGACCGAAUCUUUCGAAGAGACAUAACGAUCCAUCUUUUCCCUUUAAACCAAACACCUACCAAUCCGUUCGUUCCCGAAAUCCUACCCCGUCUUUUCUCGUACUUCCAAAAGAAGCAAGAUCUAAAACGCAGCGAAAUGUAUGUUUCGUUUUUCUUCCCUGAGCCCUGAGUUUGACAAAGCUCAAACAGACCACCUUAUUUUUCUUUUUAGAUUGUGACAGUUUGUCGUAGGCGAACAAAAGGCAUCUACCAUGUAAAGUGUUGAUCACGUCUUAUGUGACUUGAUUGUUCAACGAUCUCAAAAGUUGUUGGCCCAUCCUGAGGCAAAAUCCAUCUCUGUUGAAGAUUUCCGUUGAGACUGUAAGCGCGCAAGGUCGGCCCGUUUCCCGGAUGGAAAACAAGUCGGCGGCGAGUAUGUAUAAUAUACCUACAUAAAUAUGAAUAUAGAUAAAGAGUUAUGUCAUGUGCCUUACAUCGGUAGUGAGGGUUGCCCAGCGCGCGUGUAGUGUCUCUACCUUUCCUCCACCCCAAUAUUGUUCCAUAGUGUUCCGCGUGCCCUCUCUUAUUUUGAUGAUUUUCUGUAAAUUCGAAUUCGCGGUGCGUAUACAAUUGUAGUAAUUGUACAGUACACAGGCGCCGAAAGAAAACUUGCUGUCUCUUUUGGAAACAGUCCCAAUUUCGUCGGUUAUCUGUCUUGCUUCUUUUCCCCGGGACGCCGUUUGCCAAGUAAUUCUCCUUGCGAUUCUUCUUUUAACCAAGCAAACAAGAAAUAAUGUUCUAUUCACCCUCUGAAGAUUGCUCUUGUCUUGUUUCUUCUCCCUUGAGUUGAAGUUAUCAGUUUUUUAUUUGUCUUUUUUUUUUUUUUUUCUUUUUCAAUUACAUUAUGUUUGAAACGAUCGCAAGGCAGGGGGGGAGAGGGUCUAGUCAGGUGGCGGUUAUCAUCGUACGUUUAACCAAAGAGGAAACAGUUACGCGACUCCCAACAUGCAAACAAUUAUUUCCAUUUCUUUUCCUUUCCAUUUUUCUAUUUUUUUUUUUUUUUUUUUUUGUGUGUUUUUAUUUAAUUUCCGAACAGCUCCGUAGCCUUUCUUUAGUUUCACUUCAGUUUAAAAAAAAAAAGAGCAAGUUCUGAUACACUUUUCUGUCAUAAUUUUUCCUUGUCUUCGGAGUUCAUUUUGAUGCGUACGAGAAAUUCAGAUAACUAUACCGCCAUCUGCGCCACCGAUUUGCAUUGAUACAAUCAUCCUUAUUUUGUUCGUGUUGUAAAUAAUCAUCCAUAUUCUGAUUCUACUUUCACUGAUAAACGCCAUGUUUUGGUCCCAUAAGAAAUAUGCUGUCUAUGUUUCCUUUCCCCAUUAAAUAUCAUCCAGAUACAAGUGACAUCCCCCCAUUUUACGAUAAAAUCAUGUUCACGUGUGUGUGUGUUUGUACGUGUGUUAUUUGUGGAUGUUGGCUAUAACAACAACAACAAGAAAGAAAAAAGAAAACCUUGAGCCGAAUGAUUGUCUAUUCUCUGUGCCUUUUUUUAGUUUGUUUUUUCCUGCUAUUACGAGCAUCUUGUCGGGCUUGCAGUGGUCAAUCAAUA